AUGGGUGUAGUUCUACGGAAUCUCCAGAACGUGGUGCCGCUGCGACGCGCGAGGCUACGGAAGGACGUGGAGACGUUGAGGCACAUAUUGGGCAUCCAAAAAUUUGAUUUGGGAGUCAUUUGCGUGGACAACCGCAAGAUUCAACGGAUCAAUAACAUUUAUAGGAAAAAGAAUAUGCCCACGGAUGUCCUCUCAUUUCCAUUCUAUGAGGUUGGUAUCUAAAUUUCCUUCCCAGCAUUCACCUGCCACUGCCAAGAGGUCUAGGCUUUUAUGGCAUGGGUGUUAGUGCACAGCAGGGUCAUGGUUCAAGUUGCAGUGGUGGUAUGGUCCCCGUCGUCUCUGGCCUCUGUUGGAAGUGUUACCCUGUUCGCAGCAUUGGGGUUUGGAGUGGGACGCUUCCAGAGAGAGUGGCCGAAUAGACUGUGAAGCCUCCUUGUAUGUAAGUGUACUACCUCUGCCAAGAGGCCCAGGCUUUUAUGGCACAGGUAGUAGUGCACUUGCCCACAGCACACCCUGUAACCACAUGGUCACUGCAGUGCAAGCUUCUAUCCUGCUAUUCCCCCUAAUCGCUGGACCUACGUGUCUUUGCAGUGUGCAUACUAUGUGAACAUUUGGAAAUUGAAUUUAGGUAAAGAAACAGUGAUCAAAGUUUGUUUUGUUUCUAAAGGAACUGAGGCCUGGGAAGCUGCCUUGCCCCCUUUACAGAGAUGAACUGAACCUUGGAGACAUUUUCUUGGGGGUUGAAUACCUGAUGAAACAGUGCCAGCAGGAGUCUCAGGAUCUUCAUGGAACUCUCACAGUGAGCAAACUACUAGUAAAACAGCCACAAUGCAUGCACAACACACACCCUACAACACAGUAAUAUCAUGCAGCAACAGACAUGAAAUCACAUUUUUUUUUAUUAUAACCAAUUGAAGCCAGGGUCUUUUUGACGGGAGCAUAAGAGUGAGGCGGGGAGGCCCACCUUGCCUUUACCAUGGUGAAAUACUGCAGGAUAAAUGGUUUGUCCAGUCACUAUCAUCAUGUGAUCACCAAUCACACGCAAAAGUACAACGAAGUUUCUAGUGAAAUACUAUUUGCCAGCACACGCCAAAUAUGGUUCUGGGUCCCAAGAUUGAUAGACAAUUGAUUUUUUAAAAUUUGUAUUACACUACUCACCACUAGCAGUUGCAUUAGUGCUUGUUCAUUUGACUUUUUUGUCCCCCUUCUCCUUGGCUCAGUCAGUCACUGCUCAUGGAAUCUGUCACUUGUUGGGUUACAGACAUGAAACUGAGGAGGAGUGGAAAGAGGUAUGGAUGAUGAUUCAAAGCGCAAUGGCUUGGUCCCACUAAGUGCCAUAUGUCAAUGAUUGAAAGAUCUCCUUUUAACAGUUGUAUAUCUGUGCUCCUAGAUGCUGCAGAAGGAAAGCUACAUUCUUAAUGAGUUCAACAGAUUCACUGGCAGACAGCUGGUGCCUCUGACCAAGAAAUGUAGCCAAGACGAGUGA